AUGGUCAAAAUUUCUGUGGAUUCCGAACGAAACAACACUCUUAAAUCGCACGCUGAUAGUACUGACAUUUCAUACUCUGAUUACAGGAUCUAUGAGAUCGUUUCACCAGAGUAUACCAGGGAUGUGGAGCUGAUGGAGCUUGAAGCUGCAGAAAUUGACAGAAAAAAUACAAAUAAGACACUUCAAAUCACGUCUUCUAUGAGAAAAAAAUCCUCAAUUUCAAGUAUGCUCCACUUGAGAAUGUGUAAAAUACUAAAUAGUGAUAGAAUACUUAUAUUAUUUGGAGAUGGAAGAGAAGAGGCGGAAGAAGUUUUCAAAGACUGUAAUAUAAAAGUAUAUAACUACCAUAUAGUUAAAGUGCCAAAAUAUGCCCCUUAUACAAGGGAACAAUACAAUAAAUGGAAAAUACACUGGCCCCUCAAGUUCAUAAAGCCCGCUUUCCAGCCAUUAGAAAUCACGAAUGUAAUGAAUGAAAAGAUGCUCAAAAUUCUUUUUAGAGCAGUAGCAGAGUCUAAAGAAAGGGGAUCCAAGUGUGUUUGUAUAAUCACCUUCAAAGAUAAGGUUAUAUCUACAGCAUUUGAUAAACGAGAUGUAAAUAUCCUGAAACAUGCCUCAAUUUUGGCAGUAGGUAAAAUAGCAGAAGCUAAGAAAAAAAGAGAAACACAAAAAAUGAAGGAUUUCCCAGAUUACCUGUGCACAGGGUGUGAUGUUUAUUUGAGUCAUGAACCCUGUUGUAUGUGUGGAAUGGCCCUUUUGCAUUCCAGAAUCUCAAAAGUGAUAUAUGGAAUCAAAAAUCAAAAAUUGGGGUGUUUUGGGUCAGUCUGGAAUCUUCAUAAUAUGAUCGAACUAAACCACCAUUUCAGAGCAUUUACUGUCACACCCAAUAUAUCAUAA